AUGCCAUUGAGAAACAAUGAAUGGAUCCAACAUUGUUCCAGCCAAGAUUGCUGUGUCAUUCUAGACAAGCACCACAGCACGUCUGAUAUUGCAUCCAUGGUGUCCUUUACCCAUUCUGAGAUCAUCUUGUUAAACCGUCAUGCCUCCAAUGCCAGCUUGAUUUCUACCAUCACAGCUACUGUCGCUCAAGAACUCUACAGCACAGUCUAUCAAAUACCCAGCAGUCUGUUCAGACUCGCUACGGAUAUCUGGUCUCAUGUCAGAAAAGAGCCCAAGAAGCCUACUUGGAACAUUCAGACCACCAUUGUCAUGGGAUUCUUGCAAGCAUUCAGAGACCAAUCACUGACCAACAGCCUCGAGUUUUGGAGGCUCAUGCUGAUUGCACCUACACUGCUUAAACCGUUGACAUCCAAGACGGAAUCAGAGUACAUUCUUGUAAAGAGAAGACACUUGUGCGGUAUUCUCAAGAAGCUAGAUCAGCAAGAGAAAGGGAGCAAACUGGAAGCGGAAUGGAUGUCUGCCAUUUCCACCUGGGAAAAGAUCUAUGGCGGACCCACACCUGUUCUACGUAGUAACAAUAAUGCCACGCUGCUGUUGGAAGCACCUCCUUGUUGUGAAAAGAUUGUCUUUUAUUUACAUGGCGGCGCAUAUUGCGCUAUGAGUGCCCAAACACAUAGAAUACUUACACAUAAAAUCAGCAAGUCAACAAAGAGAAGAGUAUUAGGUAUAGUGAAUUUGCUUUGUGUGGAUUAUGAACAUCAAGUUAACGUAUUUGGUUAUAUUGCAUCAGCUGUCAACUAUCGUUUAGCACCAGAAACCAAGUUCCCUGGCGCACUCUACGAUGUAGUACAAUCGUACCUGUAUUUGAUUGACCCCAAGGAGAAGCACCGUUUAGACCCUAAAAAUAUCAUUGUCAUGGGAGACAGUGCUGGUGGAGGCCUCUGUUUAGCCAUGAUGCUCUAUUUGCGGGAUCAUGGAUUACCACAGCCAGAGGGAGCCGUAUUAAUAUCACCUUGGGUUGAUUUGACCUUUUCUUACCCUUCCUGGCAAGAUGCUUCCUUGUAUGACUAUUUGCCUUCGAACCCUGCAGAACUCACAGCCAUGAAUCCAGCUCAUCUUUACCUGGAUGAUCAAGAGCUAAUCCGACAUCCCUACGUAUCACCUAUAUUUGCAGACAACUUUAGCAACAUGCCGCCCAUACUGAUCCAAUCUGGUGGUUGUGAAUCUCUGAGAGAUGAAAUCUGUGAUCUGACAACCAAGGUCAAGAACUCGAAAUCCACUAUGGUGCAUCAUGAGAUUUACGAAGAUAUGGUGCAUGUAUUUCAAGCAUUCCCCUUUGCAAAAUCAUCAGAGGCCAUUGAAAGCAUAGGCUGGUGGGCAAAGUUUGGUAUACCUCUGAUUACACAGUUCAAGGCAAGCCUUGAGGAGACCACGACUAUUGUACAAUGA